GUAAGGAGAAAUCAGGGAACUUAGAGUACGUGUGUGGUGGGGAGGUGGGGAAGGGCAGGAACAGAGAGGUCCGCUGAGAGAUCUGCUAGUCUGACCUUGCAUCAGACAGAGCUCGCUCUGCAUCAGUUUCUCCCAAAGAUUCCGCUGCACCCAGAGGCGAUUUCUUUGCAAGGAAGGAAGCCGCUUAAUUUGUCUCUUUUCGGCCACCCACAGCUGCCAAGAUUCUGGGCCCAAGCCGGUGAUCAGUCCAGGGAAAUCCGGGAAUGUUGCAAGCUGCUCGCCCCUUCCUUCCUGGCUCUGCUGUACUGUCACCUCUCUACUUCUCUGCUUUGGAGGAGGCUGGGGGAGGGGGGAGACUUGUGUGGCCUGAGGCGAUCCCAGCUCCCACAUAAGGAGCUCCGGCCGCCACUACUUGGCCCUGGCACCCCAGCAUCUCCGGAGUGCCAGCAGCAUGGGCUCCGACGCGGUCCCUAUGGGCUCCGGCGCGGUCCCUUGGCUGGAGAGUCACUGGGCUCUGUCCUUGGUCUUGACGUUCACCCUCGCACCACUAUUGCUGCUGGUCUUCAAGCUCUACCUCCGGCGCCAGGGACUGCUGCAAGUCAUGCGCCCCUUCCCGGGACCUCCGACACACUGGCUCUAUGGACACACAAGUGAGUAUCCUGUGGAAGCAGAACUAGAGGCGUUUAAGGUGCUGCCCCAAAAAUACCCUAGUGCUCUUCCUUUCUGGAUUGGGCCCUUUCAUGCAAAUUUGCAUAUCUAUGACCCAGAAUAUGCAAGGAUUUUCCUGAAUCGACAAGAUCCAAAAACCCAGGUGGGCUACAGAUUUGCAAUUCCCUGGCUUGGGCAAGGCCUGUUGAACAUAAAUGGCAAGCAGUGGCAAUACCACCGGCGCCUGGUGACCCCAGCCUUCCACUUGAACGUCCUGAAGGACUACGUCUAUCUAAUGAAGGAUUCAGUCUCCAUGAUGCUGGAUGAAUGGGAAAAACUCCGGACUGAGGACACUUCCAUGGACAUCUUUGAGCCUAUGUCUCUCAUGUCUUUCAACAAUAUCCUGAAAUGUGCCUUCAGUGUCCAGGAUUUCUACCAGGAAAAAAGCUUCUUGUACACCUACUUCAAGAAGGUGUACAGAACCGGAAAUCUCAUCUACAAUCGCUUGACCAACUACAUCUAUUACAGUGACUUCCUUUACAAGCUGAGCCCUGACUUCCAGGAGUUCCAGGAUCUCUGCCAAGAAUUAAAAAAGCACCCAGCCAAAGUCAUCCAAGAUAAGAAGGCAUCUCUCAAGAAUCCAGGGGAGCAGGACAGGGUUCAAAAGAAGAAGAAGUACCUGGAUUUCCUAGACAUUCUCUUCCAAGCCAGAGAUACAAAUGGAGGACACUUGACAGACGAGGAACUAUUGGAUGAGGUAAACACAUUUAUGUUUGCUGGCCAAGACACCGUGUCUUCUGGACUCUCCUGGACCUUCUACUGCCUGGCCAUGAACCCAGAAUACCAGAAGAAAUGUAGAGAGGAGAUCCAAGGUAUCCUGAAAGAUGGAGAUUCCAUAACCUGGGACCACUUGAGCCAAAUGCCCUACAGCACCCAGUGCAUCAAGGAGGCCCUCCGCCUGUACCCUCCUGCUGUCAGAAUAGCGAGGCAGCUCAGGGAACCCAUCACCUUCCCAGAUGGACGCUCUAUCCCUCAAGGUAUGAUAAUUAUCCUGAACAUCUGGGCUCUUCACCACAACCCGGCUGUCUGGGAAAACCCACAGGUCUUUGACCCUGAAAGGUUCUCCCCAGAGAAUAAUGAGAAGAGACAUUCAUUUGCUUUCGUGCCAUUUUCUGCUGGGACCAGGAACUGCAUUGGGCAGCAGUUUGCCAUGAUGCUAAUGAAGGUGGGCCUGGCCCUGACACUGCUCCGCUUUGAGCUGUUUCCAGAUCCUGAGAAGACCCCUAUCCCCACUCCCCAAAUCAUUCUUAGGCCUAAGAAUGGGAUUUAUCUGUAUAUAAAGCCCCUCCAGUAGCCCAGCUGGCCUGUGGUGGUGGAUAUCAUUAUCUUUAGCUAUAGCCAGUGAUGCAAACAGAGACAUGGAAAGGGGGGGGGGUUGAAGUUGGCAGAGGGUGUCAAUCUUUUUCUCUGUGGCAUUGGAGUGAAUUAUAUAAUGCUAGAUCAGGGCAGUGGCUAUGGGGCUGAGGGUUCUGGGGCUAUGCCUUCCUAAUUGUUUUCUUUCUCAGCCACUGUUAAUGAUGAUGAUCCAAAUGCUGGCAGUAAUAAACCAGGGCUAGGGGGUCCUUCAGUGCUAGAA